AUGACGACGCACACACCCAAGAAUAUUCUGAUUACCGGGGCUGCUGGAUUUAUUGCUUCUCAUGUUGCAAAUAGGCUCAUUCGAAACUACCCUGACUACAAGAUUGUCGUUUUAGACAAACUUGAUUACUGUUCCAAUCUUAAGAACCUCCUUCCCUCAAAUUCGUCACCUAACUUCAAGUUUGUGAAGGGGGACAUUGGCAGUGCUGAUCUUGUUAACUAUCUUCUCAUCGCCGAGUCUAUUGACACGAUAAUGCACUUUGCUGCCCAGACCCAUGUCGAUAAUUCUUUUGGUAACAGCUUUGAGUUCACCAAGAAUAACAUUUAUGGCACCCAUGUCCUAUUAGAAGCCUGCAAGGUCACCGGCCAGAUCAAAAGGUUUAUCCAUGUAAGCACAGAUGAAGUAUAUGGAGAGACUGACGAGGAUGCUGUAGUAGGAAAUCAUGAAGCCUCACAACUGCUGCCCACAAACCCAUAUUCAGCCACAAAAGCUGGGGCUGAAAUGCUUGUUAUGGCUUAUGGGAGAUCUUAUGGAUUGCCUGUGAUUACCACCCGAGGAAAUAAUGUUUAUGGUCCCAAUCAGUUCCCCGAAAAGUUAAUUCCAAAAUUCAUUCUUUUAGCUAUGAGAGGGAAGCCCCUUCCAAUUCACGGGGAUGGUUCUAAUGUGCGAAGUUAUCUUUAUUGUGAGGAUGUUGCAGAGGCAUUUGAAGUCGUUCUUCACAAGGGAGAAGUUGGUCAUGUUUACAACAUUGGAACAAAGAAGGAAAGGAGAGUGAUUGAUGUUGCCAAAGAUAUAUGCAAACUGUUUAACAUGGAUCCAGACAAAAGCAUUGAAUUUGUUGACAAUAGACCAUUUAAUGAUCAAAGAUACUUCCUUGAUGAUCAGAAGUUGAAGAAUUUGGGUUGGACUGAGAGGACCACUUGGGAAGAAGGGUUGAAAAAGACCAUGGAAUGGUAUAUCAGCAACCCUGGUUGGUGGGGUGAUGUGUCUGGAGCACUGCUUCCUCAUCCAAGAAUGCUUAUGAUGCCUGGUGGAAUAGAACGAAAUGUUGACGGAGCUGAGAAAUCCGAUUCUGGGAAGCCUGAGUUUUCAGGCAAAUCUAAUCAAACCCGAAUGUUGGUUCCUGCUUCUAAGAGCAAUAGUACAUCUCAAAAACCACCCUUAAAGUUCUUGAUCUUUGGUAGGACUGGAUGGAUUGGUGGUUUCCUUGGAAAGUUAUGUGAGAAACAGGGAAUUCCAUAUGAGUUUGGAAAGGGACGCCUGGAGGAUCGCUCACAGCUUUUGGCAGACAUUCUAGCUGUUAAGCCAACGCACGUGUUUAAUGCUGCUGGUGUGACUGGUAGACCUAAUGUUGAUUGGUGUGAAAGUCACAAAACAGAAACAAUUCGUACCAAUGUUGCUGGUACACUAAACUUAGCAGAUGUAUGCAGAGAACAUGGGCUCUUGAUGAUUAACUUUGCCACUGGCUGUAUAUUUGAAUACAAUGCCACACACCCUGAAGGCUCUGGGAUUGGAUUUAAGGAGGAAGAUAAACCCAAUUUCAUCGGUUCUUUCUAUUCUAAGACCAAGGCCAUGGUGGAAGAACUACUGAAAGAAUACGACAAUGUUUGCACGCUCAGAGUUCGAAUGCCUAUAUCUUCAGACCUGAACAACCCACGCAAUUUCAUUACUAAGAUUUCUCGGUACAAUAAGGUUGUCAAUAUUCCCAACAGUGUGACCAUCUUGGACGAGCUGCUUCCUAUUUCAAUUGAGAUGGCAAAGCGGAACCUGAGAGGCAUAUGGAACUUCACAAACCCUGGCGUCGUCAGCCAUAAUGAGGUUUUGGAGAUGUACAAACAAUAUAUUGAUCCGGAUUUUAAAUGGGCUAACUUCACACUUGAAGAGCAAGCUAAGGUGAUAGUUGCUCCUAGAAGUAAUAAUGAAAUGGAUGCCUCCAAGUUGAAGAAAGAGUUCCCAGAGUUGCUGUCAAUCAAGGAGUCCUUGAUCAAGUUUGUUUUUGAACCCAACAGGAAAAACCCCGUCAAAUAA